UUGGCCUUAUUCACACCCAGGUGACAACGAGAGAGGUUCUUGUUUUAGCACUUGAGUUUCUUUGAACUCGGUGCCUAACCUGCGAGCUCAUAAACCCGCGGAGAUCCUCUUCAGUAUAUACAGCCAGCAGCACUCUGAGGAUCGACUAUUUUUUGGUCUGAGGUCGACUGCGGCUCCACAGAAUCCAGUAGUUCAGGACCUUUCGGAUAUGGACUGUUUGAACGACAUGGAAGCCGUUUCGGCCAAAAUGCUGGCAGAAUGGGACUGGAAGAAAGAAGAGAGCGCGUUUGGAGAUCAACAGGACUCACUGGAGUCCAACUCGCUUGGGUCCUCCUUCGACUCCAUAUGCUCCUCUCCCGAGGUGUCCUCGACCUCCAGCGGACAUCAGGGCUACCAGGACCUGUCGUUCAGCUUCACAAGUCGGAGCAAGGAUCCAUGCGCGACGCAACGGCAGACCAAACACAAGAUGUCGACCAAAAGACGCAUGAAGGCCAGUGAGAGGGAGAAGAUGCGGAUGAGGAGCCUCGCAGAGGCUCUGCACGAACUCCGGGACUACCUUCCACCUGACUACAGCAAGAGCGGACAGCCUUUGACCAAAAUACAGACCCUAAAAUACACCAUUGAAUACAUCAACCAACUGGAAGACCUUCUGAACCAUGCGUAACUGCUGGACACAUGUGUUACGCAUUACCCUGUUCAAAUAGUUUUUAUUUUUCUCUUUAGAUAUUGCAACGUGAUAAUAAUUUAAAAUUUGUGUUUUAUAAUAUGUUCCCAUUGUACAUAUUUUAGUGUGCAGUAAUUAAAUUAUGUAAUUUGUCCUUAUUAGGCUAAUGAAUUUACCCAUUUGUUUUAAAUUGGGCGCUGAAAGCCACUUUAGGGUAGAACAGAUGAUUGUACCGAAGAUACUUUGUGAAGUGAA